GCAGGUCGAAUUCUGUUGCACAACGCCGUUCGCCAUUUUAGAAAGGCUGGUGACCUACAUCCGACGCCGGACACGGUGGAAAACGGGAAUUGUUGACGGACACCCAAGCUAAUUUUUUGUAAUCUUAGUAUCUGCAUAGAGUAGAUUUGUCACGUUAAGAUGUCCCGGGACAGGUUCAACAGAAAUCGCGGUGGCGGCGGGAUUAAUACUUUUCAGCCGCGUCGGGGUGGCGGAAUCCCCGGCGGCCCGAUGCGAGGUGGACUGAUGGGGAGUGGGGGUAUAAGAAACCAUCCUUUCCAGCAUCAAAACCGGGGUGGAGGACAAGCGGGUAAUAACAGCACCAAUAUGAACAAGCCGCCAAAUCAGGGACCGAACCAGACGAAGCCACAACAGCCACAGUCCUCCGGGAUAAUUCCUCCGCCAACUCCCGGCCCGGCUCUCACAAUGAAAGGCCCCAUGCAGCAGGAGCGAAAACCGACCGUCGGAUCUCCUCUACCCAAGAUUCAGUCUCCUCCGCCCAAACCCAACAUAACUUCGCCUCCGCCGAACCAAGCCAACAAGAACCAGAACCCGCAGCAGAAGGGGCCGAUGAGUGGCAACGUGAACGGCCAGCAGCAGCAGCAGCAGCAGCAGAAGCCGAUACCGCAGCAAAGCCCGAAGCCACCGGCUCCAGAGAACAAGCCGAACCCCACAGUAAACCCGGAGCAGAAGGCGCCUGAACGUGCUGCUCCGGCCCAGACAGAUCACAGCCAUGCAUCGGAGUUUAAGGCAACAUUAUCCUUGCUGCUUAAACCUGGUGAGAAGACUUACACUCAGCGGUGCCGCCUGUUCAUCGGCAACCUGCCCAACGACAUAACAGAGGACGAGUUCAAGAGGCUGUUUGCCAAGUAUGGCGAGCCCAGUGAAGUGUUCAUCAACAAAGGCAAAGGUUUUGGUUUCAUCAGAUUGGAGUCCCGUGCACUGGCCGAGAUUGCCAAGGCAGAGCUUGAUGACAUCCCCAUGAAAGGUCGUCCUCUCCGUGUUCGUUUUGCCACACACUCCGCAGCCCUCUCUAUAAAGAAUCUAUCACCGUUUGUGUCCAACGAGCUCCUUGAGGAGGCUUUCUCACAGUUUGGAAUGGUGGAGAGGGCGAUUGUCAUUGUAGAUGAUCGCGGACGUUCCACGGGGAAGGGCAUUGUUGAAUUUGCCUCCAAACCUGCUGCCAGAAAAGCCCUGGACCGCUGCAGUGAGGGCGUGUUCUUGCUCACUACGUCACCCCGACCAGUUGUGGUCGAGCCUCUCGAACAGUAUGAUGAUGAAGAUGGUCUUCCUGAAAAGCUGGCACAGAAGAACCCCAGAUAUCAGAAAGAGCGGGAGGAGCCUCCUCGUUUUGCUCGCCCCGGCACUUUUGAAUACGAGUAUUCCAAGCGCUGGAAGUCUCUGGAUGAGAUGGAGAAGCAACAGAGGCAGCAGGUGGAGAAGAAUAUGCGGGAGGCUCGUGAGAAACUGGAGAGCGAGAUGGAGGAUGCAUACCAUGAACACCAGGCCAACAUGCUCCGUCAAGAACUUAUAAGGCGACAAGAGGAGCUAAGGCGCAUGGAAGAAAUGCAUAGUCAAGAGAUGCAGAAGAGAAAGGAGAUGCAACUCAGACAGGAGGAGGAGCAACGCAGGCGAGACGAGCAGAUGUUAAGGAAGAGGGAGAUGGAGGAGCAGAUGCGACGUCAGCGUGAGGAGAACUACAGGAUGGGCAACUUCAUGGACAACAGGGAAAGAGAUAUGAGAAUGAAUCCUGCUGGGGCUAUGGGCAUGGCUGACAUGCCUUUUGGCUCACCCAACCAGAAGUUCUCCAUGGGUGGAAUGGGCUUUGAGGGACAGCAGGGCAUGGGGGGACCCUCUUCUGGUGGCUUGCUACCCAAUGAAAUGCGCAAUGAGCGCUUCCCUCAGGGUGGUCCCAGGGGAAUGGGUCCUGGUAACCCAGGGUUUGGCAGGGUCCGUGAGGAGUUUGAUGGACCUGCCAAGAAACCCCGCUUUUAAAGGCUGCUUGGCGUCUGUAUCACUAGCGGCAUCAUUUGUGUAGAUUCUCUGAAGCAAACCUAUUGAGUCAAAUCUGUUGUAUUUAAGUUCUUCUGCAUUUUAGCCCUGAAAACUUAUUCAUUUGAUGGCAAGUUUGAUAUUCCUUUUUUAUUUUGUAUUUUGAGUAGUGAUAAAAGGUGAUACACCUGUGAUCCAUUGUAUUUACUUUUUAGUUGUGUCAUGCUCUGUGAGUCGUCGUGAAUUGAUAAUUGUAACACUCUCGCCUUUCUAUCUAUGGCUGUGUUUUGUGCCAUAAGUUUGAAGUAAAAGCAUGUAUCACAAUAAAGACCUUAAUUGGUUCUAUCAGAAAAAAAUCCUUUAACAUUUAUUCUGAACAAGUUACAACAUUUAUAUCCAGAUAAUUUCACAGCAGUAUUCCUUCUUGAAACAAUUGAGCACACAUUAACAUUAGUUCUUAGAAAUCAUCUGGAUAGAAACAUUUUAGAAUUUUUCGACAAUGUAUUAUAAUUAUUGUGUAAAACUGAAAUUUAGGGGCACCCCGUGGCUCUCCUGGUGGAGCGCGUACUACAUAAGGCUGAGUCCUUACCGCAGCGGCCUGGGUUCGAAUCCGGCCUGGGCCCUUUGCUGGAUGUCAUCCCCUCUCUGUCCCCUGUAUUUCUCUCGACUAUCGCUAUCAAAUAAAGAUGGAAAGUGCCAAAAAUAAUAUUUGGGGGAAAAAAACUGAAGUUUAGCAGGUUGGUCUUAAUGGAUCCAAGGACUCAAUUAGGACAAUCGGUGCAAACGGCACAGUUGCAAGUUGAAAAUUGUGUAUCCUUCACAUCAGUUAGAUUUGAAACACAUACUACCUAAAGUCACUGCAAGCAGCUACAUUUUUAUAUCUUGUGUUGCAGUUUCUAUUGUCAAAAUGCAACUCGUUAAUGGUCAUGGUGCAAUUUUAAUUAUACCAAAUUCUUUUUCUUUUCAAUACCCCCCCCCAAUUGUACCUGGCCAGUUACCCCACCCUUCCUUCGCUGCUCCACCCCCUCUGCCGAUCCGGGGAGUGCUGCAGACUACCACAUGCCUCCUCCAAUACAUGUGGAGUCGCCAGCCGCUUCUUUUCACCUGACAGUGAGGAGUUUUCCCCAGGGGAACAUAGCACGUGGGAGGAUCACGCUAUUCCCCCCAGUUCCCCCUCCCCCACGAACAGGUGCCUACAUUGACCAGAGGAGGUGCUAGUGCAGUGACCAGGACAUUUACCCACAUCCAGCUUCCCACCCGCAGACACAGCCAAUUGUGUCUGUACCAAGCCAUAGGUAACACGGGGAUUUGAACCGGCAAUCCCUGUGUUGGUAGGCAAUAGAGUAGACCGCUGUGCUACCCGGAUGCUGCCCCAGUUAUACCACAUUCUUGUGAGAGUAAAAUACGAGAUAUACUUAAUAUUCCCAUGUCAACCAGGAUUCCUGGUUUAACUCCAGUUGAAUGGCUUCCUGCUUUUGAGUAAUUACAUGCUCAGACCUUUUUAAGGCCGCCAGUCAUAUUUAAGUCUCGUUCAAAAUCCUGAUAACAUUUUUUCAUUAUUUUCCCCCCUAAUGGUUGAAUUUAGCUAGUAAGGUUAAAUCGUAAACCCAGGAUUAAGGUUAAAUCUUAAACCCAGGAGGUGUGCCCGUAAUUUAGAACAAAUUCAACUUUGUCCUUUAUGUACCUGUGAAUCCAAGGAUCAUGUUGUUGGAUUACUGGUGUAACAGUUUAGUCAGAAAGUAGUGAAUUAUGGACAUGGAAUGAAUUUGAAAUGCUUGCUGAUUGGAUUAUUGGAACUAAAAUUGCUUUCAGGAAUAACGUCUUGGUAGCUGGACUUGAACUGUUUGUUGCAUAAAUCUCACACAUAUAAACACGGUUCAUGGCUUUGUUUAAAAUUGACUGACUGUGUGAGUGAUCUGUUCAUCUGGGGCAAAUGACCAGUGUCCAGUAGGCAUCUGAGAAAUAUCCCCUUAAAGAACAUGGAAAAAAUAACCAUAAUUUGUGUGGAUAGGAUCAGUUAGGGUGAACUUUGACUAUCACAAAAGUACUUACCUGCUGUGUGUAUGGCAUGAGAGCUUCACAGAAAGAGGCAAAAUAAUAAAAAUGUUUUGUCUAAUGCCACAUUUAUCCAACAAAGAUUAGGAUAUAAAUAGAACCGAUGCUAUGAUUCUUCUAUAUUUGUCAAAAAUGGAAUACUUUUCCAAUUUUCCAAACAUACGGGGGGGCUUCAGUAUUGUGCUAGAUUGGUAAUAUUCCCUAAAACCCAAAAAUGGUCUUUUGUAGAGGUAAAGCUUAACCAGGACAUUCAUUGUGCUUGAUAUAUUGGAGAGCAAUUUUGCAGGGAUUUCCAAAACAUUAAAACAAAAGCUCAAUACAAAGCAGCUUUGGAAAAAGCUCAUUAUUUUGGAGUGGAACAUACCCAUAUUCUACAUUGACAAGCCAAUUCCAUUCCAAUUUCUAGGUGAGGAUAAAUGACACCGAAGGAUUUUUUUUCAGUUGGCACAUGUGUUGGAUAGCGGCCAGACUUCAUGAAGUGAAGAUUCAGGCUUGCUUGUUGACAAGUGACUCCGGUUUAAAUGAAACAAAAAUUGGAACAAGGGGACAGAUUUAAUUUUCACGUUUCAUGCUCUUGCCAAAUGCUUGAAACUGCUUCAGAUGUGCUUUGUUGUUGGUGAUAAAAAGCAAAGAUUUGGCAAACAAGAUUUGUGUUCAAUUGCCUUUUGUAAUAAAGUUAAUUAAGAUGCUAGCUUGAUAAAUUAGGUAACAAUACAUUGGGGACAUAAGGGUAGUAAAGAGACUUUUGGCUCUGGUAGGUACAAAUUUUGAGCAACUUUAUUCUUUGACAUUUCUCAUUUUCAAGUACCUUUUACAGCUAUAAACAGUACUAUUAAUUGGCGGAGACCACUCAGAUGAUUUUACAAUAAAUAUAUAUGAAUUUAACAAUCUUUCACCCUUUGAUAUAUAGAAUGACUUGGACAAAAUCAUUACACAUCACUACAACUAAAAGCGCUAUAUAAAAUGCAAGUUGAUUGAUUGAAUGGAAGAUAAUUCAACUUUAUUCUUAAAGAUGAAAUGUGUUCCUUAUUCACAGUACACAACACACAUCAAAUUUACAUUGAAAAGGACCACACAUGCAAAUUGAAUUGCAUUCCCCUCAGCUAUGCUGUAUGUAAUUUAUAGAACCAUUUUUGGAGAAUUGAUGAAAUUUUUUCAUGUUCCAUGUAAGCAUCUGUGACCAGAAACAUAAGAAGUUAAACUAUAACAUGUAUUCUCAUAACCGCUCCAACAGUAGACUUGGACGCAUGUCUAUAAUCCUUGAAGAAACUGAAGGCAUGGAAACAACUUUUUUUUUCUUCCCACAAAUUUAUACACGGGCUUUGAAAAUUGCAUUUACAUGAAGAUCAAUACCAUGGUGUGGCAAAGCAGUUCUGGUACUUUAAAAUGUCAAUUUUGUGGUUUACUUGAUGCGUUUCCAAGGGCCACUUUUGCCAACUUUCUUAAUAUUGGCAAUUGGUUGCUUUUUAGCUGAAAAUCUUUGUAACACCCCUAGUGCACUUACACACUGAGAGAAGGUUGAAUGGUUUGACUUCCUCAACAAAAUUUAGCUCCAAGACGUUUGCCUGCUUCAAAUGCAUCCUGUAGAAGCAAAGCCUUCACAUAUCUGAAAACGCAGCCUGUAGAAGGGAGAAGACCCCUGAGUCGGAACCACAACUGCAUGAUUUUAAACAUUGUAGAUCUGAAAAAGGAUAAUCACUAUGCAGCCAAAGAGCUUAAACAUCAGGUAUGUGGUAAUAUUUUGUGUACAGAGAGAAGAUUCAAUCAGCAAAUUUCUUAAACAUUUGGCUAUUCAUUAGAAAAGCGUCCGUCAUCCCUUAGAUAUUUGAAAACGUCACACAACAUUGAGGACUAAUAUUUGGAAUUGGUAAUUAGAAACUAUAAAAUGUAAAUCUGUAAAACAUAUAAAUGUCAUGUCUGUUUUGGUGUUAUGUACAUUUUUUCUUUAACAGGUUUGAUCAUCUUAAAAGAUUGUGGACUAAGAGGGGAACUUUGAAACCACAAAAUCCUAAAUCGAUGGUACCCAGAGGUUUAGUCAGAUGACCAUUCACCUUAAGUUUUGAGUAAGACCCCUAUUUGACCUGGCCUUGUUGAAUAGUAUUUCCACAUCUGAAAAAUACAUUGACUUUGGCAAGUUGAUGUUGGUCCACAAAUUUGAACAAAUUGUGAUCUAUUCUUGUUGGUAGCUUGGUCUCAUUAGAAUGUUUGUCAUAAAAAUCAGCAUUUGGCCAUCCUACUUUUGAGUUGCCAAAGAUUUUACUGGCAUUAUGCCAAACACAUUCAUGGACGUCAAAAACUAUCAGCAUGGGGGAAGGAUAAGGAUGCCCCUAUCACCAAGUUUUUUUCCUUGCUUCCCCCCCCCCCUUUUUUUUUCCUUCUUCUCCCAAUUGUACCCGGUCAAUUACCCCACUCUUCCGAGCCGUCCCGAUCUCUGCUCCACCCCCUCUGCUGAUCUGGGGGAGGGCUGCAGACUACCAUGUGUCUCCUCCGAUACAUGUGGAGUCACCAGCUGCUUCUUUUCACCUGACAGUGAGGAGUUUCGCCAGGGGGACGUAGUGUGUGGGGGGGAUUUACGCUGUUCCCCCUCCCCCCGAGCAGGCGCCCCGACCAACCAGAGGAGGCGCCAGUGCAGCGACCAGGAUACAUACCCACAUCUGGCUUCCCACCCACAGACAUGGCCAAUUGUGUCUGUAGGGAUACCGAGCCAAGCCAGAGGUAACACGGGGAUUCGAACUGGUGAUCCUCGUGUUGGUAGGCAACGGAAUAGACCUCCACGCUACCCGGAUGCCAGCUCAACAGUUUUUAAUGUAGAGCUGGUGUCGUGCAGUGGUAAUUGCAAAAUUUUGUACAGGCACACACUGAUGUUCCAGUUUCCUUCACAGAUUAUUCGAAAUGGUUUUUUUCAAAGCCAGAGUAUAUAUUAAUGAAACUGAGAAGGGACAACUAAUCCAAUAUUCAAUUGGAAGGGUUAAUAACACCAUCCACCGUUAGACCUGAAAAUAAAUUCUUGUUUCGGGGGCAAAUUUUAAAUUAAGUUGAAUUUUAAGUGUCUGCCGUAGAUCAUUUAGACAGUUCAUCCUUUCUGCCCUGCAAGAGACCCGUCCGUACACAUUACUGUUGAUGAGUGAAUGGCUUGUUCUGCGUGUGUGCAUAUGUGAUGUGAGUGCAUAGUGCAUGUCUUUGGGUACAUGAGGGGUGUAGUAGCUGCUGUCAGCCAGCUUGUCGCAGGCAGACUGCCCCUUUCCACAGUAGAGGCUCUCCCCGGCAAUUGGGUUGCGUUGAGGAUGAGUAGUUCUGCAGGAGUCAGUGGACAGUAAAGCCUGGACUUGUUUGCACUACAGCCAGAGGUAUGCUUACACAGAUCUCAGCUGAAGAAGUAAGGUAAGUGGCCCAUCCAUGUUUACGAUUUUAAAAUUCCACAAAUUGCCCCCCAUCCACCCACCUCACAACUUAACUGCUCUGUCUUUGUUUUUCUCACAUGCUCUGUCACUUCUGUGACACUUGUAGGGCUUCUGGCAUCACACUUGUGAAGAAUGGCAUCACAGUGCAGAUCUCUAUCCUCCUCCCUCUUUUUGUGUACACAUGGCAAAACAGUGUUAGCUUGUGCAAAACGUGUGUGUGUGUGUGUGUGUGUGUGUGUCUGUGGUUUACGGUACUUGAGCUUUCAUGAUCGAACUGAAGCUGUAUGUACCAAGGAAAAAGGGCUGAGUAACUGGUUCAUCAUUGAGCUGUCGAGGCAUGUGAUGUCCUAGCCAAGACAGAAGUUGUCUUCUGUGGCCAGAGCAAUUUUUUCCCCCCACCUUGGAUUGUGAAAUAACUCCAGAAAUGCAAAGAAACAAGUGGAUGUAGUAGUGGGUUGGGUACUGCUUGCAGUUAAUUGAAAAAGGCAUAAUACCUUUUGGGUUGCUCGGGGUGGGAAGGGCGUUUCUGAUGUUGACCCCGUUCAUGAAAAUCCUUUGUGUUGAAAGUAAAUGUGCAUCAAUAUUCAAACCCAUGCAUCACACAGUGUAUAUUUUUGUCCUGUCAUGCCUUCAGUAACUAGUGUAUUUUUAUUGGAAGGUUUUUUUCGGAGGCUGGGUUGUGGGAGGUGGACUUGUUUUGAUGUAAUGCUCAGUUAAUUUAAGUAGUCACUUGUCUUGAUUUUAUACAUAGAUUUUUUUUAAAAAUAUAUAAUAAAACUAUAACUAAAAAUGACAAUCAUUGCAACACAUUUUUCCCCCAAAGCCCAAAUCAUCCAGUUGUUGGGUUAAGAUAAGUGAUUCCACUCACCUAAUGACUAUUGUUUUAAGGUUUGAAGUCCUAUCGCAAUUGAUGAUCACUUAAGAGGUUUGCUUUUGGACAUGCAUUUCUGGCAGUGCCACUAGUGAAACCUCUUGUUGAUCAGCAGCUGAGGUGAAGGACUGACUGCAGAUCAGCCAGUGUGUUUUAGCGAGGCCUAGGUUUUAAUCUUUUAUCACUGUUAUUUACCACUUGAGGGUCCUAAUGGGAGGACAACAUGGCGCUGUUCUGAUUAUGUCAAAGGUCCAGCUUACUCUCCAGGAUUUGAUUCAUUUCACUUAUAAGUUUUUUCCCCUAACUCGAUGCAGACCGGUGGUUAUACAGUCAUUCAGAAGAACUUAACAUUUUUUUUACCAUUUCUGAUUUCUGGUUCAGCAAGACUAGACUAACAAUAGAUAUUGGCCCUCACCUACGGUAUAACGAAAGAUUAGUGGACAAUUCCAACUGUUCACCAACUAAACAUAUUAGUAGAAUUUGUUUUAUUUCUGAAUACUCGCUGUUACUCUAAAGAAUUUUAUAAGCCACCUGACUUUUUUACAUGAACGUUUUGUCACCGAGAUUAUGGCUGGCUGCCUUUCAGAGUGGCUGGUAUUUCCGACACACUCAUUUGUGAGUAUUCUAACUUGAGUAUUUGUUCUCCCCAAUAUUUGGCUGGUGUUGAAUUCCAGUCCUGGUUGGGGGGGGGGCAAGUGACGGAUGAUUGAUGGAAAGAAAAUAAAGUCUUGUGUUUCCCCAUCAGUAUUUGCAGAAAGAAUGUCAAGGCCAGCUUAAUGUAUGUACAACCUUUUCAAAGACUUUUCUGUACUCGGCACCAUAGAACAAGUAAUACGCUAAAUAUUGCAGUCGGUUCGGUUCCUCUUUUACGUUCUCAUUAGUCUGCUCCUAUAUUAUUCCAGUCCGCUUGUCUCACUUCACGCUACUCGUCAUGCCAGUGACCAGUUUAUUUUGAAAUGGGUAAUACUCAACUUUUUAGGACUUAAAGACCACAUGAAAUGAACAGUGUCUCUUCUUCAUCAUUUAUCUAUAAUUAUGUGCCAAAAAAUUAAAAGGAAAAUAUUGCCUUUUUAUUUCUUUAGACAAAAAUUAUUUCUGAAAGUCAUCAAAUCCAUAAUUGCAUCUCUUUGCACUUUUGGGCAGGCAUCGAGAAAAAUGUCCAAAAAUCUUAACGCAUGUGUCCACGCUCGGCAUUAUCAUGAGUUGAAGUUGCGUCUUUGGUGGUUCCCGUUUAAAAAGGGAAGAAAAAAAUAUAUAUAUAUAUAUCUCCCCCAAAACUCCAUGGCUAGUGUUGGAGUUGAUUUCCGGUGGACAUCAAAUCUACUGCCUGCCCCUUAUUAAAUCCCACCAAAAUGGUCUGUCUCUUUUGGAAAUGUGUCACAUCGCGGAAGCACGUGAUGCCCUUAAUGCCGUUUCAUGUGGCUUUUAAGCAAUUCUGUUGUGUGGCUUCCAUGUUGGAACUGUCUUGGAGCAGUUAGAAGUUUGUGCCACUACCUGGAGUAUGUAGUCCUCAACAGCUGUCAUACCGAAGUGUUUGUGGAACAACAAACUACAUUACGUUGGGUAAUGCACUGAACGCAGCUCCUAGGGGCUGUUGUGUCCAUCUGCACUGUGAACCAUUCCCUUUUUCUACAUUCUUGAGUCUUGCCAAACACUUACUUUCCUGCCUCAGAGUGUGAUGCCAGAACUACCCUCUUGGCCUUCUAUGGCCACAUUUAAGAGGGCUUUGCCCGAUGUCUGCCAGAUGCUGUAUAAGACUAAGUAUAGUACUGUCAAGGUUUACUGUUCUGUAGAAGAGCAUCUUCCAGCUCAUAAGGGGUUUACAGGGAUGUCCCUGAAGUGUCAUGUGCCAAGUUGACCUUGCUUUGUACGAGAACAUACGUCUUCCAGAGGUUGGUGAGAGAUUUUGAGUUGUCGCGGUCGUCAUGCAUUUGUCUUGUCCCCUCUGAUGUUCCAGGAAAACAAAUGAAUCCACCUCAGUGUCUCCAGUCCAAGAUUACUGUAUUUUACUCACUGUAUUUUAAUUUACAAAAUUACAGAGCACAUCAACAGUUACUUACAUAUAUAUGUACAUCUAAUGCAUGCUUGUAACAUCUUCCAGCUUGAGAAAUACAAUAUUAAAAAAUGUGUUCUCUUUUAGCCUCCACAUAAUUUCAGGUCACUGCCUACAUGCACACAAUAACCCCUACUAUAGCAUACUAAUCAGUGAUAGAAUAGAAGUCCUGACAGGUUUAUUACUAGGGUCUCAUUGUUUCUCUCUCACCGCAGGAGUCUCGAGGGAUGGAAGGAGGCUGAGACCAAUCAGUCUUGAUCAGUUUUACUGGUACACAGAAAACCAUCGUUUGUUAACCCUGCAACGAUCGAGGACCCAGGGACAGAGCUGUUCUGACAUCUGAACAAUAACCCGCAGCUGUGUAGCUCGGAGCAGGGGGCAGCCGCUGUGCAGCGCCUGGUGACCAACUCCAGUUAUUUCUUCCUAUUGCCUUGGUCAGGGGCACAGACAGGAGUAUCAACCCUAACAUACAUGUCUCUGAUGGUGGGAGGAAACCGGAGCACUUGGAGGAAACCCACGUAGAAACGGGGAGAACAUGCAAACUCCACUCAGAAAGGACCUGGGACAGCCUGGGGUUCGAACCCAGGACCUUGCUGUAAGGCAAAAAAAAAAAGAAGAAAGAAAGAAAGAAAGAAAAAAGAGGCAGUGCUAACCAUUGGGCCAUCGUGCCGUCCAUAUUUUACUGUAUCAUACAGUUUUAUCAAGGAUGAUCAAAUUUACCAUUUCCACUAAAGUAGUUAAUCUUAACUGCCUCUCUUACUUGAUAACUGGUUUGCAGUCCAAAUGCAGUACCUGGACCUGCCAGCAGAGGACAAUAGCCACUGGGCUACCAGAAGGAUGAUUUUUUUUUCCUGUACAUUUUUUUUCAAAAUAAAUGUUUUAAAUCUGUAUUGUUUGAAUUUCUGAAAAAUGUUGGCUUGAUUGUCCCCUAGUUACUUGAUUGCAAAGAACAUGAACCUUGCAAGUUCCCACGAACACUUGUUCAUGGGAGCUUUUCUGUCACCAAAUUUGCAUCUGUCAACUUUUUUACACCCAGUACUUGUUUUGCGGUUAAUGUAACCUAAUAACCAGUGUUGGUCCUCUUUUUAAAGAGCAACUGAGGACAAGAUUUUUUGGAGAGGGAACAAUUCAUCAGACAUGGGAACACAGACGAGACUGAGGUUAAAGUUGGGGGCUGAAUCCUGUAAUGCUCAUUGUGUGGUUUAUUUGCUAAAAUGUCCAGGUAACUUACAGCUACAAUUGAAAGGGUAAUUGUCAUUGGGUUGUCAUCUGAAUCUUCCUGUUGAUUACCUCGGCCCUGUAUGUACUCUUUCUAUCUGUUGUGCCUGGUUGGCAAGGGAUCACACCUGUGUACAUGCCGGUAUGUCACCUCUCCCAUGCUGAAGAAGGCAGUCUUGCCCAAAACAUUAGUGCUUGAAACAAGUAUUAAAGUGAUUUCCCUGUC